UGGCCUUUCUCCUACGUGUCCACCACUGUAUAUAUAAGCGUUAUACAUGUGAUAUCCACAUAUACUUGUCAAACGCCAUCUCCGUCAUCACUCCCUCGAUCCCGCUUGCCCGACGCCAUCUCUGACCAUUAGAAGAACAGGGAAACACCGCCGAAACAAACGCACGCAGCGGGAGGGUGAUGGCCGUGCAAGCUCGACCUCUCUCCGACGCUUUCUCCCCGGAUUUGCGCAACCGAGCGGGGAAGGGUGCGCUGGGUGAUCUCCAGGCGAUGCAGGACCACCUUGGACUCCACGCCGGUCUCGGCCUCGGGAAGCAGCCGCGGCGGCACCACCGGCAGGAAAUCUUCAACGGCGCCACUGUGUCAAGCGACCCGCGGAGCGAGCUCACUUGCAAUGCCUCCGCGUCGAGGAAGCGGGCGCGGGAAGAAUCCAUGGCCGCGACAGUUAACAACAUCUCCGGGGUUCGGUUGCUCGAGUCCGGCGCCGCCUCCACCAGCGGCCGGCAGGCUCCGUCUUCGCAACCCGCAUCGCCCCUGGCUCGAGAUCUCGUUUCCCUUCUCUACCAGCAGAACCUUGAGAUCGACGCCCUCGUCCGCCUUGAGAGCGAGAGACUGCGGGCUGGAAUGGGGGAGACGUGCGAGAGGCGAUGCAGGGCUCUCGUCUCGGGGCUGGAGCAGCAGGUGAUGAAACGGUUGAUGGAGAAGGAAGCCGAGUUGGAGUGCGUCAACCGGAGGAAUGCGGAGUUGGAGCAGCAGAUGCGGCAGGUGAGCGAGGAGAACAAGAUCUGGUUUGCCAUGGCCAAGAACAACGAGGCCGUAGUGUGCAGCCUGAGGACGAGCCUGGAGCAGGCCCUUCUCCGGAGCGCCGCCGGCGAGGGGGGAGAAGGGCAGGAAGGGUACGGCGACAGCGAAGCGGCGAAGCUGCUUGUCGACGACGCGCAGUCGUGCUGCUUCGGGGUGGAAGAGAGGGUCCAGCGGCGGACGGUCUGCAGGGUGUGCGGGAAGAAGGACGUGUGCGUCUUGCUGCUCCCUUGCAAGCAUCUCUCCCUCUGCAAGGACUGCGAAUCGAAGGCGCACGCGUGUCCCAUCUGUGGCUCCUCCAAGGAGGUCUCGCUCCAAAUCUUCAUGUGCUGAUCGCCCGGGAGGCGUUCCGGUUCGGCUUCCGCAUGGUUUAUUCUCCCUGCUCGGUGGGCCGGUCGGACCGGUGGACUCCACGUCCGGUUCGUUCGUGGAAUUUGUUCGUCUCUUUGUUCUUGUUAGUAAUUUUGUUUUGUUUUUGUUUAUACUUUGUGGAACUUUGGCCAAGUUUUUGGAUAGUCAUGUGACGUGACUAAAAGCAUUACAUUAUAUAUCGUACACUUUCAAAUGUAAGCUAUAUAAUCCUCUUAUAUUGA